CUACCUUUGCUUGGAGUCCUGGCCAAAAUUCUCCUAUAAUUGCAACUGGAACCGUAGCUGGUGCUCUUGAUGCUUCCUUUUCAAAUACAACAGAAUUAGAACUUUUUCACCUUAAUUUAGAUCAAAAUGAUUCAAGUUUUAAUUUACAACAACCUUCUGGCUUAGUUACCAGUAAUGCAAGAUUUGAUCGUUUAGCAUGGGGGAUUGCUGCUGAUAAACCUUAUGGAAUUAUUGCCGGUGGGAUGGAAAAUGGUGAAUUGGAUUUAUGGGAUCCGUCAAUUAUUUUAGAGGGUGGCGAUUCUGAAAAGGCAUUAAUACUAAGGAAUAAUGCUCAUACCGGAAAUGUUCGUGGUUUAGCUUUUAAUAAUUUUCAAAGUAAUUUAUUGGCAUCAGGUGCAACUAAUGGCGAAGUAUUUAUUUGGGAUCUUACAAAACCAGACAAACCCUAUACCCCUGGAACCAGAUCAAAAUAUCUUGAAGAAAUAUCUCACCUUGCUUGGAAUAAUCAAGUACAACAUAUUUUAGCAACAUCUUCAAACACUGGUUGUACUGUAGUGUGGGAUUUGAAAUUUAAACGUGAAGUUACAACAUUAUCAUAUUCAGUUCCUGAUUCAGCCGUUGGAUUAAGUGGUGGAGUUGGUAGAAGAGGUGCUACAGCUGUAGCUUGGAAUCCUGAUUUGGCUACACAAAUUAUAGUAGCAUCAGAAGAUGAUAACAAUCCUGUGAUAGUUGUUUGGGAUCUUCGUAAUGCAAGAGCUCCUGAAAAAAUAUUGGUUGGUCAUCAAAGAGGUGUUUUGUCACUUUCUUGGUGUAAAAAAGAUUCAGAUUUGCUACUUUCUUGUGGUAAAGAUAAUAGGACACUAUGUUGGAAUCCAAGAACUCUUGAAAUAUUGGGAGAGCUUCCUCCAAGUUCAAAUUGGUAUUUUGAUGUACAAUUUUGUCCUACAAAUCCUGAUUUAUUGGCUACAGCUUCUUUUGAUGGAAAGAUUAGUGUUCAUUCUUUACAAUCAGGACGUAAUCAGAAUGAAACCUAUUCAAUAGAUAGUAAUGAUCCAUUUUCACAAAUCGCAAGAGAUAAUGAGCCAUCGCUUACUCUUAAACUACCUCCCAAAUGGUUAAGGCGUCCAAUUGGUGUAUCGUUUGGAUUUGGUGGAAAAUUAAUAUCAUUCAAUAAUAAGACUGCAACAAAAAAAGGUGUCGUAGCUAUUUCAAAUAUAGUUUCAGAACCUGAAGUUGCUAAAAGUUCUGAUGAAUUGGAAAAUUCUGUGGAGGCAAAAACCUUAGAUGUUUUUUGUGAAAAACGUGAAAAACAAGCAACCAGUGAGUUUGAAUCUGAAAAUUGGAGAAUUCUUUAUACAAUGUUUAAUGAAAAUGAAAAUGCUAGAGAACUAUUGGUUAAAAAUCUUGGUUUCUCAAAAGAAGAUAUUGUUGCAAAAAUUUCAGAUGCAUUAAAAGCUAUGAAUCUGAAAGAUCACACUGAAUCAGAUAUCAUUGAUUACAAUAAAAAACAAAAAAAUGUUAAUGAUAAUGAUAAAGCUUCCAAAUUUUUUAGUCCAGAUGUUAUAAAUAGUGAUCCAUUUCCUAUUACAAAUACUGACGACCCCACUUCGAUACUUGCUGUUACGUCGUCAUCACCAAUACCAAAAAACUUGGGUGCCUUCAAAAUUUAUCCAACACAAGAAUCUGAUGUUGACAAACUUAUCACUAGAUCCAUUGUACUCGGUGACUUUGAAUCAGCUGUCAAAUUGUGUCUUGAGGCUGAUAGAUUGUCCGAUGCUUUGAUUUUAGCUGGUUGUGGUGGUCCUGAACUUUUACAACAUACUCGUAAAAUAUAUUUUGAAAAACAUGCAUCCACUAUUCCUUAUUUACGUCUUCUUCAAAGUAUAGUUUCAGGUGAUUUAUCAGACAUUGUACUAAACGCAGACCUCUCUGAAUGGCAAGAAGUUGUUGUGGUACUGUGUACUUUUGCUCGAUCUGAGGAGUUCGGAGGAUUGUGUAAUGCACUAGGUCAAAGACUUGAAAAGGAAUAUCACAAAUUGACAAAUUAUUCAGCAACCAAUGAAAUGAAAGCACAAGGAUCAGAAUAUAGAAGAAAUGCAGUUUUAUGUUAUCUGGCAGCAGGAAAUUUAGAAAAUGUGGUUAACAUUUGGAUUGCUGAACAAGAGGAGGAGGAACAAAGUUUACUUGAGAAAGCCACUCAAAAUUUAUCAUCAUCGUCAGAACUCCCAAGUCCUUCCUCUAAAUUCUUUUAUCAUGCAAAAUCUUUACAGAGUUUAAUUGAAAAGGUUACCGUGUUUCGUAAAGCAAUUGAUUAUGUUGAUUCAGAUUUGAUUCAAAAUUUGGAUGGAUCAGUAGAUUUAAAUCAACAACAACCACAUCGCCAUUAUAAACUAGCUCCUUUAUAUGACAAGUAUACCGAAUAUGCUGAAAUAUUAAUAUCUCAAGGACGAUUAACCACUGCACUCAAAUAUUUAAAUUUAACACCAAUAGAUUAUAAAAAAUCCAAUAUUAAUAAAAUCGAUUCUUUGGCUGUGGUUAGAGAUCGUUUAUAUAAAUCUGGAGUUGAUGUUGGUGGAACUAAAGCACCACCAUUUCCAUUUGAAGAGAAACACGUUGUUGGUGAAGCUGCACAACAACCUUACUUUAAUCAAUACAAUUAUAAUCAACAACCUGUAGCUCCAAAUGUGCCUCCUUAUCAACAAACUCAACAAACGCCAUAUAACAAUAAUCCAUAUGCUCCACAAUAUAAUUCACCAAUUCAAAAUCAAACUAAUACUGGUUAUCCGUAUCAGCAGCCAGUUUAUCCUGCAUAUAAUCAACCUCAAUAUCAAGAUUCCGCUACGACUACUACCAAUACAAGUUUUAUCCCACCACCUCCGCAACCUUUUGCAAACCCUAAUGUUCAGAAUCAAAACUCACCAACAGAUAUUACUCCUGCUGCAAACAAAAAAAACCUUGCCAAUUGGAAUGAUCCACCUGUUGUUCCAUCAUCUCAACUUGCCAAAAAAACUAAUCAAACUCAAGUUAAUAAACUAACUCCAAUUACAACCCCGUUCCAAAACCAAAAUACAUUUGUACCACAAGGUAUGAGGCAACAGCAUCAAUACCAACAAGAGCAACAACAGCAACAAAAAUUUGCUCCACCAUCUUCCAAACCUUCUCCAUUAUUAAACGAUUCUAUAUCCGGUAUUACUAUUAAAGUAAUUGGAAGUAACAAAAAAAUAAAUGAUAAGGGCAAAGCAGUUUUAGCAUUUGUGAUAAUUGUUGGUAAAUCAAAAGUGGUGGAUGGUAAAAUUGUUGAUAUGGAGAAAGAAUUAUGGAGAAUUGAAAAAUUAUAUUCUGAUUUCUUGGGGUUAGAUAGUAAGUUGAAACAAAAGCAGCACAAAAGUGUUACACAAAAAAUUGGCAAAUUACCUGAUAAAACUCUUUUUAGUAAUAAUGCUCCAAGUAAGGUUGAUCAAAGAAAGUUGGCUUUGGAACAAUAUUUGCUACAUGUAAUUUCUUUAAAUUUAAGCGAUUCUAAAGAUUUAUAUGAUUUUCUAAGUUCAAACUUACCUGGACGUAAAGAAGGUUAUCUUACCAAGAAAGGCAAAAGUUUUGGUGGUUGGAAAAGUAGAUAUUUUGUAUUAAAUAGUCCGCUUUUAGAAUAUUAUGAAAGUAAAGAGGGUAGUCAACUUGGGUUUAUUCGUUUAACCAAUGCACAAAUUGGUAGACAAAGUAAUGCAAAUAGUGAAUCAGAUAAAGAUGGUGAAAACUCUUAUAGACAUGCCUUCUUAAUAUUAGAACCAAAACUACUCAGUUCCAGGAAUACACAUACACGACAUGUUUUAUGUGCAGAAAGCGAUUCUGAAAGAGACGCGUGGCUAGAAGCAUUACUACAAUAUGUUGGAGUAAAUGAGGAAGAAGCAACAGAAAAAUCGAAAAAAAAGAAAAGCAAGUUGAAAGGAAGUCAUCAUCAUCAAAAAAAACCAUCGUUAUCAUCUUCUCAAUUUAAUAAUGAUCAAAUCGAUCCAUCAAAAAACAUACAUCCAAGUAAUCAACAACAUUAUCCUCCUCAUCGUCAACAAUCACAUCCUUCUUCUCAGCAGUCUCAUUUUACUCCUCAUCAUCAACAGUCACACCCUCCUCCUCAUCACCAACAGUCACACCCUCCUCCUCAUCACCAACAAUCACAACCUCCUCUUCAAUAUCAACAAUCACAACAUUUCCAAACACAAACAUCGCCAUCGUUGUUAGGUGUUAGUGGUAGUAACAAAAUGAAUAGCAGACAUAGUUUUACACCUCCAAGGGAUGAAUUAGAAAAGAAUAGUGCACCUGAACCGAGGGAUAUUUCACCUCUUGGUAAUAACAAUAACAAUAAUCAAACAACAUAUUUAAAUGGUCAACCAAACCUUAGAAAAGGUCAAAAUGACGAACAUAAGAAAGCAGCUAGGAAAACAUUCUUUGGCACUAUGUUUGGUAUUAAAGAAGAUAAAAAAAAAAAUCAAGAUCAGAAACCUGAUGUUCAUAAAGUCGUAUUUGGAGUUCCACUUGAUCAGGCUAUUGCUGUCUCAAGAAUAAAAGAAGGUUAUGAGCUACCAGCUGUUCUUUAUCGUUGCAUUGAAUAUUUAGAUGCUAAGGAUGCAGCUGAAGAAGAAGGUAUAUAUCGAUUGAGCGGAGCAAAUGCCACUAUAAAAAUGUUAAAGGAUCGAUUCAAUACCGAGGGCGAUGUUAAUUUAUUGGGUGAAGAAGAGUAUUAUGAUGUGCAUGCAGUGGCUGGUUUGUUGAAACUUUAUCUUAGAGAAUUACCAACCAGUGUACUCACCAGAGAUUUACAUUUGGAAUUUGUACAUGUUAUUGAACGUAUAAAUGAACUUGGUCGAUUAGUCUCUACAUUACCAUUAUCUAAUUACACACUGUUAAGAACAUUAACUGGACACUUAAUAAGAAUUGUUCAAAAUGCAGCUGUCAACAAAAUGACCGCGAGAAACAUCGGAAUAGUUUUUUCACCUACACUUGGCAUACCAGCUAGUGUGUUCAGUUUAUUCAUGGCAGAAUUUGAUUAUAUAUUCUUCACUGAUAGUGAUGGUAUUGCAGCACCAAGAACAAUGGAUGUACCAUCAGAAGCACCCGAUAAUUCAAAGAAUUCUCCUGAUACAAAGAAUCCUCCAAUAUCACUGUCACCUGUAACGGCUAUUCGUCGUCGUGAUAUACGUGAUGAAAUUACAGGUAGAAAUAAUCGUAACAGUGUACAUUACAUGGAUAGUGCACCAGAAAAAGUUGUAGGUUUAGAAAGAAAAAUGACAGUUACUAAACCUACUCAGAAAGAUGAUACAUCAGAUGAAGAAGUUGUUAAUGAUCUUGCAAUUCAAGCAGAACAAGAUGAUGAUGCUUCAUCAAUAGACGAAUUAACAACUCAAUCUGCACCAAUAUCACCAAGAUUACCUGUGGCUCGAUACCCUAAAACGAACUCUAUACCGACGUCAACAUCGCUAAAUAAUGAUUCAACGGAAUCGAAUGGAUUAUUGGAUACAGGUGAUUUGCGUAAAAUGCGUCGAUUAACAGUUCGUAAUUUCACGGAAGGAAAUUCAAUAUAUGAAGAAUUUGCCGAAAAUCAGAAAAUGAUAGAGAAUGAAAAAAUCAAUUCAUCAACUGAAACAGUAAAAUCACCUUUCACUUCUCAAUUGUAG